AACCAAAUCCAACCAAGUCCAAGAAGCGACACAAUGAAGCUGACGUACUUAGCUGUCAUCCUCUCGACAGCAGCGUCGGUCCAUGGCCACGGAUACCUAACCAUCCCUUCCAGUCGAACUCGGCUUGGCGCAGAGGCUGGUCUCGAUUCCUGUCCCGAAUGCAACAUCCUCGAACCAGUUCAGGCGUGGCCAGAUCUCAACGCCGCACCAGUGGGCCGAAGCGGUCCCUGUGGCUACAAUGCGCGGGUGAGCAUCGACUACAACCAGCCGACGGCAAACUGGGGCAAUUCAGUGGUCGCCAGAUAUUACCCGGGGCAGGUCGUCGACGUGCAGUGGUGUGUCGACCACAACGGUGACCACGGCGGCAUGUUCAGCUACCGCAUCUGCCAGAACCAAACCCUCGUCAACAAGUUCCUCACCCCAGGCUACCUCCCGACCCAAGCCGAGAAGCAGGCUGCUGAAAACUGCUUCGAGGCCGGGACACUCUCAUGCACCGAUGUGUCUGGGCAAGACUGCGGCUACAACCCGGACUGCUCGCCCGGUCAACCGUGCUGGCGGAACGACUGGUUCACCUGCAACGCCUUCCAAGCGAGCACCCGGCGCGCAUGUCAAGGCGUCGACAACGCGCCUUUGGGAUCAUGCUACACCAGCAUCUCGGGCGGGUUCCCUGUCACCAAGAAGAUUCGGAUCCCCAACUACCAGUCGCCCCACACGUUGCUGUCCUUCAAGUGGAACUCGUACCAGACCGGGCAGAUUUACCUCUCGUGCGCCGACAUCGCCAUCACCGGUGACGGACCAACCUCCCAGAGCAGCUUGAGUGCAACGACCUUGACGACCAGCACUGUCUCGUCCACAACUACUACUCCGAGCGCGUCUUGCACCGCAGCCGCCGCCUCUGUGGCGGUGAUCUUCAAGGAACGCGCGACGACAAGCUGGGGCCAGGUCAUCAAAAUCGUCGGCUCGAUUCCUGAGCUUGGGAAUUGGGAUCCGUCAGCUGCGCCGGCCUUGUCGGCGUCGGAGUACACCAGUUCCAACCCGGUCUGGGCCUACACUGCCCACCUGACUGCCGGCACCAGCUUCCAGUACAAGUUUGUCAACGUGGCCAGCAACGGCGCUGUGACCUGGGAGAGCGAUCCCAACCGGUCGUUUACCGUGCCGAAAAGCUGCAGCACGACUGCGCUGAGCGAGACGUCGUGGAGAUGAAGCCCGGCAGAGAAAGGGUCUGGUAGAUUGGGAUUCGGGAGGGGAUGAAUAGAGGCCAGGCUCGAUAGCGCCCAUCGCUCCGGGCGUUGCCUUGGUACGGUUAUGCGCGAGCAGAUUGAGGAGCAAACAAGGGGUUGUUGAUCUAUUGGAAAUCCGCAUGGUGGCGCUGUCUGUGUGUCUGUGACUUAUCAUUUAGUUUUUCGCAAUCUCAAACGCAGGCAAGUAUCGAGAUCUAAGCUCCACGAGUCGCGAGAUGAGUCGCGAGAUGCGUCUCUUGUGGCGUACGCACCAAUAUUUCUGCGCGGCUCGGACCCCGCCGCGCCUGGUUAGCUGCAAGUCAAACUGGUC